CCCAGCAUCCUUUGCAGCUCUAACCUCAUCAAACUGAAACAAUCGAGAGCUGCCACUUGGCAAAAAUGAACUGGCAGUUGAAUUGCUGGUCACUGGAUGCUGGCUUGCAAAGCGUAGACUGAAUUGAAGCUGAUGGUGUCAUUGCUAACCCCUGAGAGACUAGGGAGGCACAGGCACUGCAUGGGUGCUUUUGUAAGUCGUGCCUUUUAGGAGGUGCUUCAAAUAUGACCGAUGUUGGGGUUCAACCACUUUGUAUGGAAAGUUAUGGCUCUCAAAGGGCUCAGCGCUACCAGGCCUUGCCCGAUGGGAGGCUAAGCUGUGUUCCAGAUAGACCUGAAAACGGAGGAUACCAUUCACUACGGGAUAUCUUCAUGUCGGUCUUCCUCCCCCAGGGUUAUCCUGAAAGUGUGAGUCCAGACUACCUGGCCUACCAGAUUUGGGACACAGUGCAGGCCUUUGCCAGUAGCAUCACAGGGACAUUGGCCACCCAAGCAGUGCUGAAGGGGGUGGGAGUCGGGGAUGAGACUUCAACUGUUGCAGCUGCCACUGUCACUUGGAUACUGAAAGAUGGGACAGGAAUGCUGGGUCGAAUUCUCUUUGCCUGGAGCAAGGGGAGCAAACUGGACUGUGAUGCUAAACAGUGGAGGCUCUUUGCUGAUGUCCUGAAUGAUGUGGCUAUCUUAAUGGAGAUCCUGGCUCCAGCAUUCCCAGCAUGCUUCACUCUCAUUGUGUGUGUCAGUGGCUUCUUCAAGUGCAUUGUGGGAGUUGCUGGAGGGGCCACCCGGGCAGCUCUUACCAUGCAUCAGGCCCGGCGGGACAACAUGGCAGAUGUUUCGGCCAAAGAUGGAAGCCAGGAGACCCUGGUGAACUUAGCUGGCCUGCUCUUCAGUCUUCUCCUCAUUCCUCUCAUAGUCGACAAUCUCCACCUCACUUACUCCCUCUACGGCCUCUUCACCGCCUUGCAUCUCUACGCCAACUAUCGGGCAGUGCGGGCCGUCUGCAUGGACACCCUCAACCGUGCCCGGCUCCGCCUGGUCUUGCGUCAAUUUUUGCAGGGCGGGAAAGUGCCCGGCCCUGCUCUCGCCAACCCUCAGGAGCCUCUGCUGCUAGGCUUUCAGCGGCAGCUCAGGAUGACCCUCGGGGCUCCGCUUCACACAGUGGCUUCCAGAGUUGUGGACUUCCAGAAAGCUCUUGAAGGGAACUCUACAAAUUAUUUGAUUUUCUUCAACCAAGCAGCAGGGACCGUCUCUCUUCUCCUACACCGACAGGCAGAUAGCAUGGAUGUAAUUAAAGCCUGUACUCAUGCCCUUGUCCUGGAAGCUCUGCUUUAUGGGGAUGUGGCAACAUCUGUCUUAGAAGCAAAGUCUCUCCUGGACCUGCAGCAUAGGCUACGUGAAGGUGAUGAACCAGGAGAAUCUGAGAACAAGGAGUACGCUACAGUUUGUGAAACCCAUAAGUUAUUGGACAAGAUAUUCCCCAAAUUCCUGACAGGAUUAACAGCAGCAGGAUGGGUGAUAGAGCGGAACCUUCUGGGCCCGGAGGAGUGGCGUGUGGAUUGGACCAUUCCUGGAAAGAAAACUCUUUGACUCUUGAGAGACAUUUAAUAUGGAUACAAAGGACUUGAAUGAAUCCCAUUUGCCAUGGUGAUGCCAGUAACUAGAGGCCUCCGGACCUGUCUGUGCUUCGCAUGGAGUUGUCAAGAGUUAUAAUGCCAAAAUGGAAAGGAGCUGGCUGUGUACCCCUUCCCUCUCUGUUUUUUUUUUAAGGGAGAAAAGGGAGCACAAAUAGAAAACAUUUUUAUAUACAUUUGA